AUGUGCACCCCGCCGGUGCACAGCAGACGAACGAUAGCAAAAAUGCGAUGGAGCGCGAUCCCACUAUCCCCACGUAGCACUGCCAGCCGCAUUCAUGAAUCGCAAGGACCGCAGCGUCGUCAUGCCUUCGGCAGCUUCCAUUUCCUCCUUGCAGUCGUCAUCGUCCUCCACGCUGCUGUAGCUUCGUUCUCCAUCACUACCGCUCACGGCCUCCCUCUAACAGGGCCAGCCUCCGUUACCGUUGCAGCGCAGGUGGACCCCCCUCUCCUCCUCUCGGAUCCCCUCCCCCCAGCUGUCCCAGCAGCACCGUGGAGUACGCUCAACGAGUCACUCUUGCCCUACCCCGUCUUCUACCCAGCCAUCGCUGUGCUGAACAAUUCCAUUCUACUGCUCGGUGGUUGCGUCACGGCGACCUGCGAGACACCCGUGGGCGAGUUCGUAACGGCAACAGCCGCAAUACGCCCCCACGCAUACACCGCCACCUCACCGUACCAUGAGCAGUUGAUCUCCUUGAACGUGGAAAAGGGCAGCAUCGCAGCAGUGCCACGGUUGGCCCUGCCUGCCGGGCUCGGCUUUGCCGGCCGCCACGCAGCCGUCACGCUCACUGAUAGUGUCUACGUCGCGCGUAGCUGCACCAUGACCACGCGAUCACCAGAGGAGGUGCUCAACAUGACGGCGGAAGAGCUACAAGUAAUGCAGGCAGCCUACGCGCCGGUGGUGGCGUUCUACCCAGAAGGAGGAGUGGAUUCGAGAACGCAUGCCGGCGACCCAGAUCCGCCACCGGCGGUAAACCUGACCUAUUUCGAGGUGCCCGCCAAUCGUGUGCGCGUCAACGCCAGCUGCACCGCUCUUUCCACGGCAAACAAGUUGCUGAUCAUCGGUGGCUUCCUGCUUUCCGCCCAGCGCGUCACGGCCAGCGUUGACUCCUUCGACGUCGUCACGCGCAAGUACGAAGUCGAUGUCGCCUUCCUGAGCGCCCCCGCGUUGCAGCCAUCUGUGGCGACAUCGACCGGAUUUGCCGCCGUCGCAGGCGGCUGGAUGUACGAGAGUGACACGACGGUUGGUGCGACUGGUGAAACUGAGUCACCGCCAGAGGUGAGGGGCGUGAAGAGAAGCAGCGGACGGAGUGCUAGCGGUAAGUCGCUGCAUCGACCCAAGAGGCUGACAGCGCUGCCAGGGAAGUUAUCGGCUUCCCCCUUCUCUGACGCAUCAUCAUCAUCAUCAUCAUCAUCGUCACGCCUAGUGAGGCGCUACUUGUUUGACCUCUUGUUUUUUGACUCCGACAGCCCCGCCCGCGGAGCAGUGGGGACGGGGGGAAUCAUCUGUACGUCGCCGGUGGACGCAUCUGCGUUACCGCGCACAGUCGUUGAGGACAUUCUGCUCUCAGUGAACGGCUGCCACGUGACGUUGUUUGGUGGACAGGUGGUCCUGACCGAUCACAAUCUAGAUCACAUCGCGGUGCUGGACAUACGUGCAACGACGGCAUGGGACUUCGCCGCUCGAGCGCCGUUGGUCCCGCCGCCGCCGUUGGCGGUGACGCUGUUGCAGACCGCGAAGGUGAACGCGGCCGCACGCGCAGUUGUUGAUACCGCGAGUGCGGCAAGCCACAACAUCACCGCCAGCCACAAAGGGAGAGGGGUGAGGAGGUACACCGAGUCCAGUAGCCGCCACUACGAUCACGCUGCAUCUACAGUGCUGAGUGCCAGAGGCGGCAACAGUGGAGGCAGCGACUCAACUUCCACAUCCUCCUCAACGUCAUCGUCCGGGGCCAUCGCCUCAUCGUCGUCUCUACCGACGCCGACGCCGACGCCGACGCCGCCGCCGCCGGUGUACCGCUACUCGUGGAUGCAGCCAACACUUAUCCCGCUGCCCUACCCUCGUCCCCUCACCAGUGCGGCAACGCCAGACCCAACCGCCAUGACGGACACCAUCCUCAUCUAUUACGCCAUUGGCGGCGAGGACGUGUGGUCACAGGUGGUCACCAAUGAGGACGACGUUGCUGCUGAUCGUCUUCUUGGUACGUCGCCCAUGCCCCGCGGGGUGCAGCGGUUGCACAGUAGCCCCUCAGCUCUCCGUGCGACCCUCGAUGGCGCGGAAGUCGUCCUCCAUCAGGAACCAGCGCUGCGCUGGGCUCAGCGGGUACUGCCGGACAUGAAUUAUGACAGCGAUCGCCCAGACCUACUCGCCGUGACGAUGCCAACGCCGGUGUGGCCCGACGCGCUCACUCUGCAGACCACCUCCGAGGGCAUAAUCCAUCUCCAAUUUCCUGACCUCAACUACACUCGCUAUUGCACGUGGAAGAGGCACGAUGACGACGACGACGACGACGUUGUCUGCGCCGUCCGACUCAGCAGUCGUCGUGACUGUGUUGGCAACACCGCGGGCACACUCGACAGCGCCUACAACGGCGCCCCGAACACCACCGUUUUGUUCAGCGCCAGCGGUAGCACUAACCCGGUGUACGUGUGCUUCAGUUAUGUGGUGCGCCCAACCUCGUGGCCUGUGUGCCGCAUCCGGCAGUCCUUCUCCGUCUUGAACCCGAUGAUGCCGCUGCGUAUCCUCGACAAUAGCCACACCACCGCUGCACCGAGCCCUUCCCCGACACGCGACCCGGCCGACAACACCACCAGUUCACCCCUUUUCAUGCUCGCCGUCAGCGUCGCUGUCGUUACGUUGCUGGUGGCGGUACUCCUCGUGGCACGACUUCAACACGUGCCGGAGGAUGGGCUGCUUGUCAUGAGCCUGCUCGAUCGCGACGAUGGCGCAGGUGCGCAACACGCAAGUUCCACUACUCGCAGUGACGGUAGCGCGAGGUGCUGCAGACGACGCCGUCGCAAGCGCCUUCUCCGCGGCAGCGGUGAGGACAACAGCAGUGGGCUGUACGACGCUGUACUCGGCGGGGGCGGCUCUGCUGAGGGCGGCGGUGAUGCCCUAAAAGUUGCGGAUGUCGGCGAUGACGAUGAAAUUGAUCGACAUCCCAUUUCAACGUACGCCGAGUUCCUCCACGUUGUGAAAUGUGCGCAGGAGGACAGUGAAGCACGUAUGCUGGCGUCGGCAGCGGAUGUCCUGCGAUUGCACCAACACCGGUAUCGCGUGCUCUCGCGGGUCGGUCAAGGGGCACACUCGCUGUGCUUCCUUGCACAUCGCAAAGCGCCGCCACUGCCGCUGCCGCCAGCCGUGCAGCAGCAGCAGCUGAAAGUAAGGAGUGUUGGCGCUGGCAGUGGCCGAGGUGUACGCGCGCUGGAGGGUGUGGCGAGUGCUAUCACGCGUGUUUCCCCCUUCACGCGACCGCCGCCGCCAUUCGCGGCUGCGACUACGCUGCCCUCCAUCUCCGCUACCUCGUCCCUGUGGGCCGCACGGCACAACCAGAGCACUGCUGUCGUGGUCAAGUACACGCAAUGCCCAGACGAUGCAACACGUGCCGUCAUAACACGCCUGUGUGAGCGCCUCCGCGACCUUCACACGGGCGCCGUGACGUCGGCGCUGGGUGAAACAGAGAUUUAUGGGUCUCAUGGCAACGGCGCCUCGUCGCGUCACCCUCAUCGGCGGUACCUUCCAUCGGACAUGCCGUGGACGUCCGCUGCCGGCGGGCUUCGACCCUCACAUGUGUCGGCUCAAGUAACACGCGACGUCGCCCGCGAGGUGGUACGCGGCACGGGAAGCACUGGCAGGGGUGCGGCGACGGUGGAGGGGUUGAAGACAGCUGCUGAGGAUGCCACAGUGCCGCCAGCAAGCGGACGAAGCAGCAGUGCUGCAACCGUCACCACAGCAAGCCAAACGGGAUGUCAGGCACUACCGCCACUCCCUUUCCCCGCGGACGUGGCUGGCGUGAUCGACGGCCACAAUGACGACGGCAGCUGCGCCUGGCUCGACGCUCACGAGGUGAACGUCGUCCUCUCGCUCUUCUUGCUGCUGCCGGAGGACUUGUUCGUCUCGUACGAGGUGAGUGUUCUUUACCAACAGAACAACAGCAGCCAGCAUGCGCAUGUUCACUGCGGCAGCCGCUUGACGCCGCCAAGCGUCUCACGCGGGGCGGUGGAUUGGAAUCGAAGCCACAUCUGGUUCGGCGAGAAUUCGGUGCAAGCAGAGGCAUCUCAUCAGUGCCAACCUCACCAAUGCAUAUCGAUGCCGCCAGUGCCGCAGAGCUUCCUCACGCAGUCAACUCCGCGUGUGUGCUGGGCUGCCUGCGUGAACCUGCUUCAGCCCUCCACCGUCAGCCCAUGGAGUCUUUGCUUGGUCAUGCCGUACGAGCGCAACGGCAAUCUUGCCGAGUUCAUUCUGCGUUGUCAGCAGAUUCAGCUGCUUCCGACAGACUUGACGAGCGCGAGGGACACGGAAAGUACCAUCCUGAGCAGCCGCAGCCGCAGCCGCAGCAGCCGCAGCAGCCGCAGCAGCCGCCGCACCGUGCCUCUCGCACGCGUGGCACCCGUGCACCACUGCUGGACCGAGUCGCUUCUCUGCUCCGUCCUCUUUCAAGUAUGCACAGGGCUUCAGCUGCUGCAUGCGCAGUCGCCGCCCAUCCUGCACGGCAACAUCAAGGAGACGAACUUACUGUUGCGGGAGCCGGCCAGCUUCUCGGUAGCACGGCGACGCGUAGUCGUCGCAGAGACACCGGCGGCACUGGAAGGGAUGAGGAUGGGUGGUGGGAGUGGCGGUCGCAGUGGGCCACUAGACGCGAAGGGGGGUCUGGACAUGGCCGCCGCCACAACGCGCGUACCUAGAACGCAGCAGCCAAACGGUGAGGAGGAUGACCGGCGGGACGGUCGCGUUGAAGCCAGGACUGCAGCUGCGCCUGCCACCUUCUGGCGUGCAGGCCGCUCGGCAGAAGCCACCACGGCUGCCUGGUAUGCUAGCUCGCCCGUCGGGUACCCUCCGUCAUUUUUUGCGGGAUCACCUCCUCCUCUGCACCGCGAAGGCGCUGCAAUGCCACGAUCUACCGCGGCUCGCUCGCAGAGUGUGCUACAGAAAGGGCAAGUGCAGCCACAGUUACAAGAAUGCGACCCGCUGCAGCCACAGGAGCUUGAACAGCACCUGCUCAGUGCGCGUACCUACCUGCCCAUCAGCCUAACGGAUGGUGGCAUGUCGUGGUGGCUGACAGUGCAACUUCCGCUGCGGCUACGUGGGUGCUUUGGACCCACUACCCGGUCCACCCUUCGACAAACCCCCGCUGGGCUCUGCUGGCUGCAUCGGUUCGACUCAUCUCCGCCGUCGUCUUCGCCGCCCAUCACAACCAAGAGUAGCGUCAUUCCGUUCGAUGGCUGCAUUGUGGCGCUGGCGCACUUCUUGUUCACAUUCAUAGAGGUGCCCACGCACAUCGCACCGGAGCUGCUGUGGGGGCAACUGUGCACGCUCUCGCAGGCUGACCACGGUGUAGAAGAAGGUGGCGCUGUUGCUGCUGCUCUCACCGUGCCCCACUCAUCUCUGACACAGCCACCGCCGUCACUCUACUCCACUCGAACCCGGCGAGAACAGUACGUGCUGAACUCUCGCCGCGAUGGCCGUUGUCGACGCGGCGACAGCGACAGCACCACGCGCCGGCGCUGUGGUGAUGUGGCGCUUGAGCCCGCCUCCUCUCCGGCGGUGGGCUCGGCGAAUCCAGUGAGUACAACUGCCAGUGACGAGCUAAGCGCGAAC